AUGAAUAUUACAGGGAAUAAUGUUAAUAUCAUCGCAGCGGUGGUUUCAAAGGUAAAUUUGGUGGAGAAAAAUGUUGAAUGGGUCGUAGACACCGGUGCUUCAAGACAUUUAUAUGCAAGGUAUGAGUUUUUCACCAAGUUCGAGGAUGAAGAUGAAGGUGAACGUGUGUACAUGGGGAACUCUAGCAGCUCUGAAGUGAUAGGAAAAGGCAAGAAUGGUGAUUAUAUUGAGAAAGGUUUUCUAAAUGGGGGUUUAUUUGUCAUUGAAAUUCAGCUUAAUGAGAAUAAAGCUACCACAUCUUCUUACAACGUUAAACCUCUUGAUAUGUGUCGUUGUUUUAUAUCUUCUUCUUCUGGUGAAGAAGAAUCUGCUGCUGCUGUUGUUCUUCCCAAGGUAGGAGAUAAACGACCAUACUGUGAAAAUGAUGAUAUGAAGCCGUCUUCCCCAGGGAAAAAGAAUUUAAGCAGCGGCAACAACGAGGUUUCUGUAAAAUCGAAUACUGUAAGAGCAGAAGCCGAGCACUCCAUGGCAUCUUCUUCCAGUCGAAAGGAGCAGGAUGAUGAACUUGAAUCAGCCAAGGCUGAGAUGGGAGAGGUGAAAGAAGAAAACAAAAGGCUAAAGAUGUACCUAAAUCGGAUAACGAAGGAUUACCAGAAGCUACAAAUGCAAUUCUACGACAUCGUUGGACAAGAUUCAAAGAGAUCUCAAGCACCACCAAACGAUGAACACCAAGUAGUACAACAGAUCGAAGAAGAAGAAGAAAAAGAAAAAGAAAAAGAAAAACAAGAAUCCGAGCUUGUUUCCCUUACACUCGGAAGAUUUUCCAGUGACUCGAAAAGGGAAGAUAAGGGCAAAGCAUCUGGCAGCAGCAGCCAUCGAAAAGAGGAGGAGAUCAGAGGCAGUGAAGGUUUAUCUCUUGCUUUGGAUUACAAAUUCGAAGCUUCUAAGUCCGAGGUAGACGAUGAACCGUUGCCGAAUCCGAGCCCCGUGAACAGUUCUCAAGAACACAAGGAAGAAGAAACAUGGCCGCCGAGAAAAGUUGUCAAGACAACCGAAAGUGGAGGAGACGAUGAAGUCUUGCAGCAAAACCCUGCCAAGAAAGCUAGGGUUUGCGUCAGAACCAGAUGUGAUACUCCCACGAUGAAUGAUGGAUGUCAAUGGAGGAAAUAUGGACAGAAGAUUGCUAAAGGAAAUCCUUGUCCUAGAGCGUAUUAUCGUUGCACAGUUGCGCCUUCUUGCCCCGUGAGAAAACAGGUUCAAAGAUGUGCCGAAGACAUGUCCAUCUUAAUCACAACAUACGAAGGAACUCACAAUCAUCCACUUCCAAUGUCGGCCACCGCAAUGGCUUCCACCACUUGUGCGGCGGCUUCCAUGCUAUUGACCGGUUCGACAUCCUCGGCCGGCUCCAGUGUUCCAUCAUCGAUUUCCUCCCACCCUGCUCUUCAUGGACUCAACGUUUACCUGUCCGAUAACUCGAAAUCGAAGUUCUACUUGCCCAACACUUCACUACCGUCGGCCUCUUCCCACCCUACCAUCACUCUCGACCUUACUUCAACACCAUCAUCGUCGUCAUCGUCGUUUCCUUUCAAUAGAUUCUCUUCGGCUUACCCCACGGCAUCGAGAUACAACACUUCAACGAGUCUCAAUUUCGGUUCAUCGGAAUCCAACACCGUGUCAUGGGGAAAUGGGCUCUUCACCUAUGGCGGAAGUACUCAACAACAGCCCUACAUGAAAUCCCAUAUCGGAGCUCUCAACAUUAACGGAAGAGCACCGCCGUCGACUGUGGAGAAUAACAUUUAUCAAUCUUUCAUGCAAAAGAAUCAUCAAGGUCAUCCUCAACCGCCAUUACCAGAUACUAUCGCUGCAGCAACCAAAGCGAUCACGACAGACCCGAACUUCCAAUCUGCAUUGGCAGCGGCUCUCACGUCGAUCAUCGGCGCCGGAAAUAAUGGUGGAAGCGGUGGUGGUGCGGCGGAGAGUUUGGCACAAAAGUUGAAAUGGGGAGAGCAAUCAUUUGCAGUGAAUGGAAAUGGAUGUGGGUCGAGCUUCUUCAACAAAUCGACUUCCAGUGGUUCGCAGCCUGGGAGUUCAAUAUUUCUACAACCUAAUGCUUUGCCAUUUUCAACUCCCAAGAGUGCUUCAACUUCUCCAAGUGAUACUGGAAAUCACAGCAAUUGAUUUUUUUUUUUAUUUAAAUGUUGAUUUGUAUUUAAGG